GUAAACUGGGAAUCACCCCAAGGACCCCACCUGCAGGUUGAACUGAAUGGUACAGCCUGGCUUUCCAAAACAGCUCAAGAGAUCCUUGAGGAAAGAAUCAACAUGGCUCAUUUUGCAACAACAUGCCAUCGGGUUUUCUCACGUGUGCUCGGGUGACGCUGGAACCGGUCGGUUAGAACAGUUCUUAAGGCGAAGAUGGCACGGUUUGCGUUUUUCACCUGGUGCACGUGCGUCGUGACAGCUCUGUUGGGUUCACAGGCAAAAGGCGAGACAGUUUGUUAUCCUGAGCUCGAUUGUUUCUCCACUGGGACUGGUUUCGUGGACAGACUUCCAGCGGAACCAGUCACCAUCAACACGCAGUUCCUUCUCUUCACAAGAAACAGUCGGUAUGACGAGCAACACCUCAGUCACUACACCCCAACUGGACUUCUGGAUUCGCACUUUAACAGUACCAAAGACACAAAAGUCCUGGUACACGGCUACAUGGACGACAGAACAGAGGAGUGGUUGGUCACGGCCACGGCCGCCAUCUUGGAUCGUGAUGACGUAAACGUUGUGAUAGUGGACUGGGGUGGAGGUGCGAUGGAGCUGGACUACUCACAAGUCGCCGCCAACGCACGUGUAGUCGGGGCGGAGCUGGCAAGAUUCAUAGCUUUCCUUCAAGAAGACGCUGGCGUAAGCGGUCGUUCUAUCCACAUCAUCGGUCACAGUUUGGGUGCCCAUGUUGCGGGUUAUGCCGGGCAAAGACUGGCCAAUGCCGGGUCCAAGAUUGGAAGAAUCACAGCCCUAGACCCAGCGGAGCCAGGCUUCCAGGGAACGCCCCCGCACGUCCGGCUGGACCCGAGCGACGCCAUGUUUGUGGACGCCAUCCACACGGACGGGGAAGGGGAAAUGGACUUGGGCUUCGGGAUGUCUCAGCCCGUCGGCCAUUUGGAUUUCUAUCCUAACGGUGGCAGGGACCAACCUGGGUGUAGCGACAACCUGCUGAACUCUAUCUGGGACCAUGGACUGUUUCAUGGAGGGAAAAACUUUGUGACCUGUAACCAUAAGCGUGCCCACCGCCUGUUUGUGGAGUCCAUCCGCUCUGCCUGUCCGUGGCGUGCCUACCCGUGCCCGGGGAGGGAAGAGUAUCUGCGCGGGGACUGUCUCUCGUGCGGCCCGACGGGCUGCUACAAGAUGGGGUACGACGCCGUCGAAAAAACGCUCCCUAGCGGAACUGAGCUGCUCAAGUUGUACCUCACGACGGAAGGCCAAGCACCGUACUGUCACCGAAAGGAGUACAGAGUUGAAAUAAUCCUGUCAACCCAAGGAAGACGGACCUCUAUCAGCGGCCUCAGUAUCACACUACGCGGCAGCCAGGGUGUUUCUCCUGAGUUAAAACUAAUAAGAUCCAAGCCCCUGUCCCCGGGGGGUAGUUACGUGUGGGUGGUGGGUACGCCCCAGGACCCGGGGUUCCUACAGAGUGUGGACCUGCGGUGGGAGGACGACAGAGUGUGGUACAUCCCCUCCUCCUGGUGGGCCGCGCGCAGAACCGCUACGUUACAGCUGGACAGAGUUGUGGUAGACACUGCUGGGGCCCGGACAGUCGACAGGUAUGAAACUACACUGAUCACAUGGACGAGUUCUGCGCCUAUGGCAGACCGCUGA